GGCGAUAUAUACCUUAUAAUCAAGUACGAGCUCAACCUGCACUGCAUACUUACUAUAUACUCAAUGUAUUAAAAUGAUUAUGUUGUACUAGCGAGGAAACUUAACGCCUAAAACUUAGACCUGAGAAACUGAGCGGCAGUCAGAGGCGCAAGCUGAAGAGGAGCCGAGCAAACAUGGAGGGGCAGAAGAACCUACCAAAGGAGGGAGACAAAGGAACCGAUGACUUGAAAAAGUCAAAGGGAACCGAAGCUCAAAAACCUGAGGACAAGGGGCAAGAACCUCCAUGUAAGAAAACUCAUUGGGUACCGACCUACAGGGACGUGGUAACUGAUGAUAAAAAAGUGGCUCUGGUCCUCGCAGGCUACCCCACUAACAAGUUGACCACAGAGCAGGGGCUACUCAUUGAGUCUUGUGUUGGAGACUUGAUACUGUCGGGUACUGAUGGAACCGACGUACCAAGGUUUGAAGACACCAGACUCACUAAUGGAGCACUUGUGAUCAGUGCAGCCCAAGAGAGCUCUCUUAAGUGGCUCACUGACCAUGUCAACUUGAUAAAACCUUGGGACGGUGCAGAACUCCAUUUGGAAGCCUACAACCCGAUCAAGUAUAAACGGAUGGUCACUCACAUACCAGGGCUGCCAAAAGAGUCCAAGAAGAUCUUGGAAAUUUUGGCAAAACAAAACCCAGGGCUGAACACGGCGAUCUGGAAAGUCCACCAUGAGACAGAGGUUGGCCCGAAAGGACAAACUCUGUUCCUAAGUGUGGACGAAAACAGCAUGGUCAAACUGGAGGAACUGAAGCGCAGUCCAUAUUUUGGAAUGGGCAGAGUUUGCUUCACAGAUUAUGUUGCCAAGCAGCCACCAGCCCGGAAGGAUGUGAAAAAAUUCACACCUCAAAAAUCUGGGAAGAGGAAGGCUGAGGAAUCACCAGUGCCACUCGGGAAAGGAGGUAAGGCACAGGUAAGGAACAAACGGACACACUUUACUCCUGUCUCGAAAGGGAAGGGAGGAAGUGUGUUACGUAAGGGAAAGGGACCCAGGAAACCGCCACCCUCAAUAACGGCGACAGCUGAGGGGAACCUCUCCACGUAUCCAAAAGGAAAUGUGGAGAGCAAACCCAAGGCACGGUCGCCACCUGGGGACGGCGGUGGGAUACCACCCACAGGGGGGGCUGUGUGACACAGGGACUGUUUCAGACACCUGUAUCACACCCAGUACAGCGUGCUUUCUUAAGCGUCAACAUCAGUUUUUCUGAAUGGCUGACAAUAGAAUUCAA